CAAGACUCAACGGCUCCAGACUUGACCUGAGCAGCAUGGAUGGUGACCUCUCGCCUAGUGACCCAGAGGACAAGACCUGUAUCUUCUGUGGGGCAUUUGACAAGACCUUUACAGACAGUGGGCUGGAUUUGCACUACUGGAAGACUUGUCCCAUGUUAACCAGAUGCCAUCACUGUCGUCAGGUGGUGGAAGUCGCCUCUCUCACACAACACCUCCUUGGUGAGUGUGUUUCCUCUUCAGAGUAUCGACGAUGUGAGCGCUGCUCUGAAGCCAUCCCAAAAAAGAAUUUCCACAGCCACGCCUUAGCUAAAAGUUGCAUACCCGCUAAACCAGAGCCCAUCGCCAACCAUUGUCCACUGUGCCACGAAAACAUUGCACCGUGGGAUGAUGGAUGGCGGGAGCACCUCAUGCCUGGCCCCAACACUUGUCUUAACAACCCCAGGGCCUGGCAGCAAGCUACAAAGAAAACUUUGUCAAGUGAGAGGAGCUCUUCUGUAUCACCAGCAACAGCUGGGAGCAACGCUAGUGCUGCAGGAAGUUCUGCUGCAGGUGUCUUAGCAAAAACCAGAAUACCAGGAACAGGCACACCAGGAACACCACGGAAAACUUUUACCAGACGAAGGUAGAUGAGGACAGAUACCUGAGAGUACAGUACAUUGGUGGGAGGUGGUGGUGGGGCAGUGAACCAGCUGGGGUGUAGGAGCAGAAUAGGGUUGAGAAAAUAAUAUUAAAAUGUGUUUUUCAGUGUUGAAGAUUUAAAUGUGUUAAAUAUGCCCAAGUUAUUUUUUAUACAAAUUAUUUCUCACAAAAAAGAGAAGUGUUAAAUUCCAAUGGAAUUGAAGGUCAUUAUUUAAUUUAAAAUCAUUAAUUUCUUUACUGCAUUUCCCAGAAUACACAAGUACUCCACAUUGGAUUAUAAUUUGUCAUCAAAGAAAGGCAGUGAGCACCUUACCAUAUCUCACUAGUCAUGCUACACACUUCACACUCAUUCUAACAGAAUCCAUCCAACCAACUUCAUCAAAGGCUUCCUGUUGUGUGGGUGACAGUGACUCAGCUAUAACACUAAUACAAGGUCAUUGUUCUUGCCUUCAAUGGUUUGUUCUGUUAGUUUCUUACAAAAUUACCUGAGAUUCUCUUUCAAACUAGCAUGGCUGGAUGACCAUAUGGACGGCUCACAGUAACAUGAGCCAAGAGCCUUGUAGGCCUCAAUAAUAAAUAUCUAUGCAGUAAAUUCUGAAAUAUAUUUAAAUAUUAUAUGAUGCCUGGUUAAUGCAUUAGCCUUUUAGACAUUUUAUACAAAAUAUAAAAUAAAGAAAUGUGAAACAAAAUUUGACAAUUUUGAGAAAGUUCAUAACUUUUAUAAAUGAAACCUUGCAUGACUUGUUGGUGCCACUAUUGACAUGUUUGUAUGUGAAUGUCAGCACAGGAACCCUUGUACACUGUAGUCCAGUACAGUAUUACAGGAACCCUUGUACUGUACACUGUAGUCCAGUAUUACAGGAACCCUUGUACUGUACACUGUAGUCCAGUCCAGUAUUGCAGGAACCCUUGUACACUAUAGUCCAGUAUUCCAGGAUCCCUCAUACACUGUAGUCCACAUGUUGGUAUUACAGAAACAAACUUUUUUUUAAACUAAUUUCAUUGUAAUGAUUGGUUGCAUGUGGUCCAUUUUGCUAUCAAGCAUCAAAGAAAAAUUCAGCCACUGUUGUUAAUGACAAUUGUUCUUGACUCAUACCAUUUAUCAAGACAAUUUGAUCACUGGUUAUGUCAUUAAAAUGAUUUAGUACAGUAUAGUUUUGUUAGCUGUGUUAUCAGUGUAGGUACUAUGGCGUGUGUGUAUGUACAGCCUAUGCCAAAUCUCACUCCAGGUUGUGAACUUUUGCUUGUUAUGAGUGUGUGUAUGUUGCCUUCUGCUGGUGCUGUGGGGUUAAAAUACAUUGACAGAUCACACUAUAACAAGACUGACUUUUUUUUGUGGUUUUGUUAUUUAAAAUCUCACCUUAUUUACGAUAUAUUUAUUUUUAUGAGGCUUACAUCAAGUUGUUCUCUCUCUCUCGUGUAUAGUUUAUUGAUGUCAUUCUGGUGAAGACUCAGAGAGAGUUUCAUUUCUCCUGUUAAAUCUGUUAUUUUUCCUCAUUCAUAAAGGUUUCUUGUUAGUAUAUCUCCUCAGUACAUCCAGUAAAUAUUUCUCAGCUCUUAGUUUUGGUAAUAUUAUUACAAUACAUGUUAUACAUGUUUACAGUUGAAUAGGCAUAUACAUAAACUAGUAUGCAGGUACAGUAUACAGUUCAGUAUAUGUAUGGGUAUACAGUGCUGGUAGGUCGUGGGAGUGCAGUAUAGUUUCCUGUGCCGAGACCCUGCAGGUAAACUACAAUGGUAAACUUGACCAAGGAUAGUCAACAAAGCUGUCAGCUGCUUAUUUCCAGGAGGAUGAUGCAGUACAGUAUUCUGUUUGGAAUUCACUUUAUAUUAUCUGUAUGGAGAACUAAUACUGUAUUAUAAAAAUCUUCCCUUUC